GGUUUCCAUCAUCGCGGAUGUGUCAGACGUUUACCAUAAUGACUCGUACAGCGCGAGCACUUCUUCUGCUACACGUUGUGCGUGUAUUUUGUUUGCCCCAGGGUUAUCCUUCUGCCGAUUAUGAACUAUCUUCGUCUUAUCCCCUUGAUCCCGAGCAGUAUCCCGAGCAAUAUGACUCGAGAGAGGAUAUUUACGAUUCGUUCGAGCUCGGCUGGAAUGGUGACGAUUAUUCCGCGCCAGACGAGGAGUCCUAUGCCGUUCCAGAUGAUCUCCUGCCAGAGGAGGAGCCCGAUCCCGCUCCCACCGACUUUUCAGACUCGUAUGAGGGACUGAAGGACUUCAUCGAUAACUACUUUGCUCUUGCCAAGAUCUAUCAAGGUCUAGAUGAGGAAGGGAAGGCAGAAUUUGUACAAAAGCUCGAAGAAACCGAUGUGGACUCUCCAAUAGUCGAUUCCCGGGUCUAUCACAGGCGACAGGCGCCUGAGCGCUUCGAAAAGCAAAUAAUAAAGACGCCCUUGGCUACUACAACAAGCCAGUUGCGCCGCUUUUUGCGCCUCUUCAGGAAGUAUCGAGGCAGGGCCCAAGAUCCCGAGGAUGGCAUGUCGUCUUAUGUCGACUAUAUGACCCAGUGGCAAGACCAGCUCUCCACCUUUGACGAAGCAACUCAAGGCGCAAUUGUGGAUCUUCUUGCUGCUGGCGAGCCGCUUCCUUCUGAUGCUGCCCUCGGAUUGCCUCCUCGUCCUGCUCGUGGACCCCUUCCGUCGGUACUGCGCCCCAAGUCCAACGGCAAGCUUCCCCAAUUGUAUCGACUUCCCCAACUCUGGGAGAGUUUGGAUGAGUCGAGCAGGGCAGCCAUCCUUGCUUCCAUUGCCCCAACCCGACUUGCUCGUCGCCAGGAGCCUCCGGAAGACCCGAGUCUCAUUGAGAUCGACGUCGGAGCUCCUGCUGAGACUACUGCUUCCGAGAGUACUGCUGCUCAGCCUACUGCUGCUAAACCACCUGCUGAAGAGACACUGGGCCCUGAAACCAUCGAGCCGACUCCUACCACCGACGAUGGCCCCGGGCCGGACGUACCAACCGUGACAGUAACCGUGACGAUACUGCCAGAGGAUUUGCCCGUAACUGGUGAACCCACCGUGGAAGUUUCCACCAUUCCCGACGCCACCGUCACGGUACCCGCUGAAGCUACUCCAGUUUUUGAACCCCCUCCCGAGGACCCCACCACCGAGUCAGUUGUUGACCCUGCUCCCACUGACCCAGUUCUCGUUGACCCCAUUCCUGUGGAGACUUCCUUGCUCGAGCCCACCCUGGAGGCUCCCAUUACCGGGGCUACUGCGACUGACCCUGCUGCGCAGACACCUGUUAAAGAGGCUCCAGUUGAAGAGACUCCUCUCACUGAACCCGCUGUGGAAUCUCCUCCCGUCGACGUACCGGCUGCAGAGACCUCCGUCACAGAGCCCGCAGUCGAAACGCCUGUGGAGGAGACAACUACCUUGGUUGAGGAAUCUACGGUUGAAACACUCAUUGUGGAACCGACUCCCAUUGUGGAGCCUCCAAUCGUGGAGCCAACUUUGCCACCCACAUCGGAUGAGGAACCUCCGGUCGUGGGGCCUACCUUGGAGCCCACGUCCUCUGAGGAGUUUCCAGUCGUGGUACCCACCGAGGUAGUUGUGGAGCCCACCUUGGAACCCACCGCCAUCGUAGAACCUCCCAUCUCAGAAACGACCACCUCGACGCCUCCUCCUGUCUCCACAUCUUCGCCUGUUUCCACAACUCCUCCCUCCCAGAGCGCCAACCCAACCACCUUAGGCCCAACCACCUCAGCACCCACUACGUCUACUCAAAACCCACCGCCCAGGUACAUCAAAGCGACCGUCGCCGGCCGCGCCCGCGGCCAACUCCGUCCCACACCUAUCCCCGGACUCCCUGCAGUCGUCAACACCUGGCCUGACUGGGCGCUCCCAUUGGCGUACGAUUGGCCCGCCUGGGCGGCGAGAUUUGGCCGCUGGCCGGAUUGGAUGCCUUGGGAUUAUCCUAGGGGAGGGCCUGGGUGGAGGAGGCUGAAGGCUGAUUUGAAGGAUUUUGUUCUCGGGAGGGAGUAG